GCUACUGUCGAUGUCAACAUAUUUUUGUUUUGGAAUUUGAUUAAAGUAGUUUGUAAUUACAUUAUCAUUAUUACUACUGUACACAGCUAUAUUAUUUUUCUGUGGUUUUUCUCAAAGUCUUUAUAGAGUAGUAUUAUCACCAAGGGACAUCAGAAAUCGUUUAGAAAGUAUAAAAUUGAUAUAUCAUGAGCUCCACCUCAGGAAGUGAAACAAAUUCGGAAGGAGGCUUAACAUUCGCUCAAAAACAAGCAGAACGUAUGAAGAAACUAAGAGAACUUCACAGGUUACGCAACGAGGCUAGAACCCUGAACCAUCAGGAAGUCAUUGCAGAAGAUGCUCGAAAUAAAUUACCAGCAAAUUGGGAGAAUAGAAAACGCAGAGCGGAGUGGACCUUGAACGACCAAAAAGAAAGGGAAGAAGCCGCGGCGCGCGGUGACAAUUAUGACAGAACAAAAUUACUGAAUGUAUCCGCAGUUGAAGCUGAGAGGCUGGAAAGAAUGAAGAAAAAGAAAAACCCAGAUCAAGGAUUUUCAAGUUAUGAGGCUGCCGCCCUUCGACAUUAUAACGGGUUGGUCAAAGAGUUGCCACCAAAAGAUAUGGAGCGUUAUGAAGAACAGAAGGAAAAGUAUGGUGAUGCAUUUUAUGCGGGGCCCAACACGAUAGUCCAUGGGUUACACAAAGACCGACCUCAGGCUAUCGACAACUUAGUCAAGAGUGUGGAGAAACAGAUAGAGAAGAAGUCCAAAUUUUCAAGAAGACGAACGCACAAUGACGAUGCUGAUAUUGACUACAUCAACGAAAGGAAUGCCAAGUUCAAUAAAAAGAUGGAACGGUUUUAUGGAGAAUAUACAGCAGAGAUCAAACAAAAUUUGGAAAGGGGUACUGCGGUGUGAGGAUUCGUGAUAUGGUUGCAAAUCGAAGGAAGGGUGUGUUGCUAUCAAGCUGCAGACAUUUUUUUCACUUUGCAGGUAGUGAGCAAUGAGUUAUAGGCAUUCAAUAAAUAUAUAUUGAUCAGUGACUUGUGUAAUCAAUGUGUUACGGUUUAGAGUGAAAUUUGAUAUUAUAAGACAUAUAUCACUUUUUGUUUAUUGUUAAUAAAAAUAAAAUGGUUAACCUGC